CUCACCCUGAGCUGCUCCGACUGCAGACGCACAUCCUGCGUGCAGACAACUCGCAGCGGCUCCUCACACGGAAAUACAAGACAACCCUCAAAGCAAGUGAAUACUGAAAGAAGACGAGCAGAGGAGGUUGUGUCAGGACCAGCUCCCUCCACAUAUAAAAACCGCAGCGCCGCGUUCAAUCGUCUUCGUGUCAACAAUGGCCUUCAUCCCCCUCCUCUCCCUCCUGCUGCUCUCCUGGCUCGGAAGCUCGGCGUCUCUCUUCCUGCCCGAUUCCCGGGAGAUCAGGCAGCUGUUGAGUCGCUACGAGGACGAAGGAGCGGGUCGCAACAACACCGGCCAAAAUGGAAGCGGCGGCCGGAGCAGACGUGCCAUCCGCUGGUCGGACCGGGAGGAGAUCCUCCAGCUGCACAACAAGCUGAGGGGGUCGGUGUACCCCAGUGCGGCCGACAUGGAGUACAUGGUGUGGGACGACGAGCUGGAGAGGUCUGCCACCCACUGGGCCGAAGUGUGUCAGUGGGAUCACGGACCUCAGGACCUGCUCAUGUCCAUCGGGCAGAACCUGGCAGUCCACUGGGGAAGAUACCGUUCGCCCGCCUUCCACGUUCAGUCCUGGUACGACGAGGUGAAAGACUACACCUACCCCUACCCUCACGAGUGCAACCCCUGGUGUCCCGAGCGCUGCUCCGGGCCCAUGUGCACCCACUACACCCAGGUGGUUUGGGCCACCACGAGCAGAGUUGGCUGCGCCGUGCACGUGUGUCCGAGGAUGAACGUGUGGGGGGAAACAUGGGAGAACGCCGUCUACCUCGUGUGCAACUACUCCCCAAAGGGCAACUGGAUCGGGGAGGCUCCGUACAAAAAUGGCCGGCCUUGCUCCCAGUGCCCGCCCAGCUACGGCGGAGGAUGCAGAAAUAAUUUGUGUUACAAAGACGCCCAGCGCGCCGAAACGGAGGACAUGAACGAGGUGGAGAAGCCCCAGGUGCCCGUCGUGCCACGCACAACCGCCAAACCUGCGCCCAAACCCAAACCCUCCACUCCGAGGAGACCGGUGUCCAAGCCGUCCACGCCAAGCAGCCCAUCCUCAAGAAAUCCAAGCAACAAUUACCUAGCUCAGAGCAUCAAAUGUGAGACCAGACUGCGUGACAAGUGCAGAGGAGUAACCUGCAACAGAUAUAAGUGUCCGUCUAACUGCAUGAACAGGAAAGGAAAGGUUUGGGGAACACUCUACUAUGAUGUGCAAUCGAGUAUUUGCCGGGCUGCCAUCCACUUUGGCGCAAUCGACAACAACGGCGGACUUGUCGACAUCACACGGAUGGAAGCAAAGGUUCCCUUCUUUGUCAAAGCCACGAAAAAUUCCAUUGAGUCUUUCAGUAAAUAUAAGGCAGGAAAUGCCUUUAUGAUGGCCAAAGUUCAAGAAACCAAUAUUGACUGCUACACGACAGUGGCUGAAAUCUGCCCCUUCAAAAAGCCCCUUUCACAUUGCCCAAGAGUCUUCUGUCCUUCUGACUGCAAGAGUCAACCCUCUUAUUGGUCACCUGUGAUUGGCAACAGCAUUUACACAGACAGCUCCAGUAUUUGUAAGGCGGCCAUCCAUGCAGGGGUGAUCCCACCUGACGGGGGCUUUGUGGAUGUCCUGCCUCUGGACAAGAGAAAGAAUUAUGUUGGUGUGCUGAAAAACGGAAUCCAGUCCGAAAGCAAGAGCAACACGGAGGGAGGCUCCUUCCGCGUCUUUGCCGUGAGGGAGUGAGGCGUCCGGCUGCUCUCGAGGAGCAGGAAGCGCUUACAGGUUUGACACCAAGACCAUUCACGUGCCUUUGGCGGAAGCCGAGGGCCCCACCCCGACCCCCACCCCCCACACACACAGUCAUGGACUCUUUCCCCCCUUUAAGUAAAUCAAGGAAGUCCUCACUUUUCCCCACUUUGAGAAGAAAUCCUUUGGAAAGGCUUCACGUGUGAGUGUUGUAAAUUAUGAAGUAUUGAACAGCUGGUGCUGGGUCUAUGAAAGUGUUUAUGUUUACAUUGGUGUUAUUAUUAUUUUUUUUCAUACGCAGGAAUGUAUACUGAUCACACUUUAUUUAAUCAGCGUGUACAUAAUUGAAAGAAGCACCAUAUUAACUUUUUAAAAAGAAUCUUAUUGUCUCCUUUUGCUAUACUUCCCCACUCCUGCUCAUAGCUUGUCGGCGUGUUGGCAAUAUCGUGGUUACAUUUCAUGGCAUUUAUACUUCUUCCUUUAUUUCCAGUGAAAAUAACGUUUUCCCUCCCCCGCCCCCCACCCGAGACCGAUGAAUGUGUCACAUUUCGGUUUCAGAAUCAUUUCGUGUGUUGACACGUGGGCCAUAAUUGCAAGUGUGGAAAGUUUAAUGUUCACUAUCAAAAUCAAAGUCAUCACUUCACACGCUUUGGUAAUAAUCUACAUUUCAUUUCAUGUGAGAAAUGUGUGCAAACGGACAAAAAAAAAAAGACAAAACCGCAAACCGGGCUAAUCAGCCCUUAAGACGAGUAAAUAUUGUUCUAAAAUUUUAUUGUACGGCCACUAACAAAAAUCUCUUCAGUCUAUUUCUUUAUUCUACCUCAAUCCUUUUGCUAUCCUUGGCUGUCCAAUCUUAAAUAUACCGCAGAUGUAAUGGGAAGUAUAUGAUUGGUUUUGUAAAGUUAUGGGAAUUGUAAAUAAUGGUAUUAUUAUUAUUAUUGUCUUUUUUUUUUCAGCAGCAGCAAAGUCAUGAAAAGAAUGCGUGACUGUGUUUCAAUUCUCUGUUUUACUUGUUUUUAUACAGGCAUGUAUACUGUAAAUGGGUUUUAUAUUUUUUUUUUUGCACAAUUUGAAAAAUAAAAUGGAAUUUUAA